GAAUAAAUCGAACUAGAAUUAAUAACCUUUCUUAACCCAUUCUAAAACCAACCACUUGGAACUAAUUUGGUACCAUAUCAAUCAUAUAAUAAAAAGGAACAUAAUCUUCUUCACAUUAGAAAAUUCAGAUAUUUCAAAUACGAUACAAAUAUAUUUAUUCAUCCGGAAAUCAAACUGAAAAUAAAAAAAUACUAACAGAUCCAAAAUAUUAUAUAAUUUCAAUUCGGAAAGAAUAUUAUACAGGAAGGUCACAUGUCACGUGAAGGGACACUGAACCCCAAAAAAAAAAACUUAUAUUAUAAAUGUAUGUAUAAAUAAGUUAUAGUCCAUUUAGCAUCCCUAAGCACAUCUCGAUCUCUUAUCAUAAUUCUCUCAUAAGAAACAACACACACAUUUAUGCAUAUGGCCUCCACCAACUCCGCCGUGCCCUGCUGGUGGCCGCAGAUCCGCCGGAAAAUUCAUCUCCGGCGGAGGAAGACGCCGGCGAUACGUCUCGGAUGGAAGCCACGUGGCAGGCUGUGUUCAGUGAAGAGGAUGGUGAGGAGGAUGAGGCUGAAGUGGGUGAGGCUGCACUACGUGAGGAUGGUGAAGGAGAUCAGAGGGUAUUAUCGUAAUUUAGUGAAGGAGUUCGCCGGCGCCGGCGCCGAACUGGAGACCAUCCGGCGGCGCAUAGCGGUGGAGACGGCGGCGUUCGCCGUCCCCGGUUUGGGACUCUCCUUCUCCUCCAUGUCCGGUCACGACCGUGCUCGCUACUAUUUUUCUCUUGUAUAGUUUUGUUUUUGUUUAUUUCAAUUAAUUUAUCUUGAGUUUUUAUUUCUUUAAUUGUUGUGG